AUGAAAAUUCCAGAAGACAAUCAGCCAGAGUUCUUGAAUGGAUGGUUGCAAGCUUUUCAAGAAAGAUACAACUUUCAUCACUUUAGGCUUCAUGGUGAGAGCGGCUCUGCUGAUCUUGAAGCUAUUGAACUAAACCUUCCUAAUAUUAUUCGUAAAACCGAUAAAUAUUCUCUAAGAAAUAUUUAUAAUAUAGACGAGACUGGAUUGUUUUAUUCUAUGACUCCUGAUCGAGCAAAAAAAGAUUGUAUACGACUUACAAUUGCACUUACAUCUAAUGCUGAUGGCACACACAAGCUUUGGCCCUUCAUUAUUGGUCAUGUCAAUAAACCCAGAUGUUUUAAAAAAAAAACUGGUGAACAACUUGGGUUUUAUUAUCGUAAUAAUCAAAGAGCCUGA